UUCUUGGCUUCAUUUGCUGUUGUUCUAUAAAGCCCUAUUCAUAUUGUAUCUAAUCGACUCUAGAAGUGACUGAUUAUGGUGGCAAAUCCGGAGUCACAUCAUGAUGGCUCAACUCGAUCACGAUCAACCUCGCUUUCUUCUUCGGAUUUGGAGUCUCGCAUUUCAAGGUCUGAGUUUAGACGGUCACAGCAAUUAGGGUCUGUGAAAACGAGAUCCAGAUCACGGUCUGUGCGGAGUAAUCGGCGCAUCGACAGGAUCUAUUCGGGACGGCACAUAGACGAUCAAUCAGUGUACCACAGUGACGAUGAUGCUGCCGAUUAUGAGGAUUCUGGAGACCUAGAUGACGCGAAGAGAGUUGAUUCGGCUCUCGAAGUUCGAGAAGGAAUUGUGACUGAGCGAGAUUACGAUUUGGAACGAAACGCCCAGGCCUCCGCUGGUCUCGAGAAAUCGAGGACGGCGAGAUCUGAUCGAUCACGAGAUCCCACGCUGGUUACAUGGGAUGGCCCCGAUGACCCGGAGAAUCCCAAAAAUUGGCCCGCAAAGAACAAAUGGGCAGCUGUGGUUACAGUAUCUUUCUUCACGUUUAUUUCACCUGUCGCGUCAUCUAUGGUGGCGCCAGCUCUGCAGUCCAUCCGAUCAGAUUUCGAUAUCCAAGACGAAGUCAUUUCGCAGCUCACACUGUCGGUGUUCGUUUUGGCCUAUGCCGUUGGCCCGCUCUUUCUCGGCCCAUUCUCUGAAAUCUAUGGCCGGGUUAUUGUUCUACAGCUUGCCAAUCUGUUCUUCCUCAUAUUUAAUAUUGCAUGCGGUUUCGCACAGACCAAAGUGCAGAUGAUCGUGUUUCGAUUUCUAGCUGGUCUAGGAGGAAGUGCCCCAUUAGCUGUUGGCGGAGGCGUCCUCUCCGACUGUUUCAAGCCCGAAGAACGAGGCAAAAGCAUCGCCAUCUACAGUCUCGCACCCCUUCUCGGACCCGCAGUAGGUCCCAUCGCUGGCGGGUUCAUCGCCGAAAACACCACCUGGCGCUGGGUCUUCUACUCGACUUCCAUCGCCGACGGCGUCAUUCAAGUCGCCGGCCUCUUCUUCCUCCGCGAAACCUACGCGCCCAAGAUCCUGCGCGACCGCGCAAAAGCCCUCCGCAAAGACACCAACGAUCCAUCCUUUCAGACCGACGCCGAGCGCCAGAACAAAACCCUCCCACAGGUCCUCCGCACCGCGCUCGUCCGCCCCUUUAUCCUCCUCUCCACCCAACCCAUCGUCCAAGUUCUCGCCCUCUACAUGGCCUACAUCUACGGCAUCAUGUACCUCGUGCUCUCGACCUUCCCGGCCCUCUGGACCAGCCCGUCUUACUACAACGAAUCCACCGGCAUCGGCGGCCUCAACUACAUCUCCCUGGGCCUGGGCUUCUGGCUCGGUUCCCAGAUCUGCGCCCCACUUAACGAUCGCAUCUAUCGCCGCCUCAAAGCCCGCAACAACGGCAUCGGUCGCCCCGAGUUCCGCGUCCCCCUCCUCCCCUUCGCCGCCCUCCUCACCCCCGCCGGCCUCUUCAUCUACGGCUGGACCGCCCAGGCCCGCGUACAUUGGAUCGCGCCCAACAUCGGCGCCUGUCUCUUCGGCAUGGGCAAUAUCGUCACGUACCAGUGCAUCCAGACAUAUAUGGUCGACGCGUACACGCGAUUCGCGGCUAGUGCGUUGGCAGCGGCUGCGUUUUUGCGAUCGCUGGCGGGCUUCGGGUUCCCGCUUUUCGCGCCGUAUAUGUAUGAUGGGUUGAAGUAUGGGUGGGGGAAUAGUUUGUUGGCGUUUGUGUCCCUGGCGUUGGGGAUUCCGGCGCCGUUGUUUUUGUGGAGGUAUGGUGAGAAACUUAGGAAGAUGAGUCCGUUUGCUGCGGGGUAGGUUGGUUGGUGCUUGGCUUUUGGGUUGUUGGGUUGUACAUACAUAGAAGUGUUUAGGGAAGGUGGAGUUUGGAUGUAAAACUGUACAUAUCUAAUUGGUAUCCAGUAUGUGUGGAUGCCACAAUCACCAUAUAAUCUGUCCAGUAC